AGAACCCUGUUGCUGGCCUUUCCUGACGACUUGAGAGACUUCCGUGGAACUUCUGAAGAUACCAUGCUUCGGUGAAUAAUAUGUCAUCAAUACGACGAACUUUGAAAGCGAAGAGCGCGAAACGCAGAGAACUUCUCGCACAGCAGUUGGGAGCCGGCUGCGCCGAAAAUCUCGGUUUGCUCUUGGGCAACGAGCAGGAUUCGACACCUAAAGCGAGCGAGUUCAACCGACCUCCGAACCGUAAGAGUACUGGUACGAUCACAGGGAACAAGGAUCAACAGAAUGAGGAAGCCCCGAGCACCUCGCAGGCCGGAGACGAGGUCAUGGCGUAUCGAGAUUCGUCGACCUUCCUGAAAGGGACCCAGUCCGCGAACCCUCACAACGACUAUUGCCAGCAUUUCGUGGACACAGGACAACGACCCCAGAACUUCAUACGCGAUGUUGGCAUCCAAGACAGAUUCGAGGAGUAUCCUAAACUAAAGGAACUCAUCAGGCUGAAGGACGAGCUGAUCCGAGAAACUGCCAAGCCUCCGAUGUACUUGAAGUGCGACUUGAUGCAGUAUAAUCUUCGGGACUUGAACUCGAAGUUCGACGUUGUUCUAAUCGAGCCUCCUCUGGAGGAAUACCAACGAUCCUGUGGGGUGACAAGCUCAAGGUUCUGGGCUUGGGAAGAAAUCAUGAAACUCGAAAUCGAAGAGAUAGCGGCGCCAAGAUCCUUCGUUUUCCUAUGGUGUGGCUCAUCCGAUGGUUUGGAUCUCGGACGCCAAUGUCUCCGCAAAUGGGGUUUCCGCAGGUGUGAAGACAUCUGCUGGAUCAAGACAAACAUAGAUGACCCGUCCAAGGUGAAAAAUGUCGAGCCCCGUGCAGUGUUCCAACGGACGAAGGAGCACUGUCUGAUGGGCAUCAAGGGCACCGUCAGACGAUCCACCGAUGGCGAUUUCAUUCAUGCGAACGUUGAUAUUGAUUUGAUAAUAUCCGAAGAGCCCCAAUUCGGCAAGAUGGAGAAACCGGAGGAAAUAUUCCACAUCAUAGAACAUUUCUGUCUCGGACGUCGACGGCUCCAUCUCUUCGGAAAGGAUAAGGCCAUCAGACCGGGGUGGCUGACAGUAGGGCCGGAACUGAUGAACUCGAACUUCAGCAGCGAAGCUUACAAUUCGUACUUCAAUAAAUCACCGAAUGAAUACCUCACUGGCUGCACUGAGCGCAUCGAAGCUCUCCGUCCGAAAUCGCCGCCUCCGAAAGCCAAUCUCGGCGGUGCAAGCCGGGGCCGCGGUCGCGGAGCUGGAAGGGGCCGGAUCGGCACUGGCAGACCAUCAACCUGA